UGAUUAUAGACACACACAGGUAGUAAACCACCAGAGAGAGAAACAAACAGUCAGUAAGUGACUGGCCCCAGAGAUCGUAACAGACAGAAAACCGCUGGCACCAGGGAGACAACAAUGAUGGCAUUAAAUGUCCACUAUGGAAGUGCUAAGUGUACAGAAGGUGAAUUGGCCGAAUACGAUCUCCAGGAUUUAACUGUCCAAGUUGGUGCACAAAAGAAUGAAAUACACCUUGAAACACAUAUUCUUGACACAAAAAUGGAAAUUCGUUGUGGUGGCUUGCUUUUCAGUUCCAAGUUUGAUUCUGGAAACCUUGCUCAAGUUGAAAAGGUGGAUCGCUUUGAAGGAGAAGGGGAUCCGGCUCCUACUGGCAGCACUAACUGUGGGAUAUUUGGGAAUGCUUUUUCCUUUCCGGACUAUGAGUUUAAUGUGCAGACGAAGCCAGAUUGUGGAGAGACUGAGUUUGAGAAUGGAAACAGAUCCUGGUUUUACUUCAGUAUAAAGGGAGGAGCACCUGGCAAACUGAUUAAAAUCAACAUUACUAAUAUGAAUAAACAAAGCAAACUUUAUUCCCAAGGAAUGGCCCCCUUUGUCAGGUCCCUACCUGUAAAACAACGCUGGGAACGUGUGCGAGACCGACCAACAUUUGAGUUUGUGGAUAACCAGUUUAUUCUCUCUUUUACACAUCGUUUUGUGGAAUAUCGUGGAGCAACAACCUACUUUGCAUUUUGCUUUCCAUUCACAUAUUCUGAAUGUCAAGAGAUGUUAAUGGAACUGGAUGAAAAAUUGGAAAACGGCAAAGAACUGUCUUUAAGCAGUCCUCCUGAUUCAAUCUACUAUCACCGUGAGCUGUUGUGCUAUUCCUUGGACAAACUGCGUGUGGACCUUAUCACAGUUACCUCAUGUCAUGGAAUGAUGAAAGAACGUGAACCACGGCUAGAAAAUCUAUUUCCUGAUAAUUCUUUUCCUCGACCACACAGAUUCAGUGGGAAGCAGGUGUUCUUCCUUAGUAGUCGAGUCCACCCCGGUGAAACUCCCUCCAGUUUUGUUUUCAACGGUUUCUUGGAGUUUAUUUUACGGCCUGAUGAUGUUCGAGCUCAGAUGCUGAGGCGAAUGUUUGUCUUUAAACUUAUACCUAUGUUGAAUCCAGAUGGCGUAUUGAGGGGCCAUUAUAGAACUGAUUCCAGAGGUGUGAAUCUGAACCGUUUGUACUUGGAUCCAGAUUUUAAUUUGCACCCAUCAAUUUAUGCAGCACGGACAAUCAUCCUGUAUCAUCAUGUUCAGAAUCGUGUCUGCAUAGGUCAUUCGGACUGGAGUAGGUUCUCUAACCCUAAUGCUUCCUUAAGCACAAAACACUCAAAUCAUUCCAACAGUUCUUUCUCUUCUGAAGCUAUUUUGUCCGAGAUGGAGAAAAGCAAAAAUUUUAAAAACAUUGCAAAUGGGGAAAGGAAUUGCCUUAUUUCCUGUGAAGAGAGAAAACAAUCCGCUGAUGCAUUAAAACAAGGUGACGAUAACAAUGGACAACCUCUUUCAGAGGCAUUAAAUGAUGGAGAAACAAAUUCACUUAAUGGUGAACUGUGCAAGAAAGCGCCUGAUAGCAGCGACUCUUCAAGAUCCACUGACUACAUUCCUCCUGAAGAGAGUGGCAUUGCAUACUAUGUGGACUUACAUGGACACGCUUCAAAGAGAGGCUGUUUUAUAUAUGGAAAUUGUCUUUCUAAUGAAAAUGACCAGGUUGAGAACAUGAUGUUUCCAAAACUGAUUUCAAUGAACUCGCCACAUUUUGAUUUCAUGGGUUGCAAUUUCUCUGAAAAAAACAUGUAUGCCAAAGACAAGAGGGAUGGCCAGUCCAAAGAGGGAAGUGGCAGAGUGGCAAUUUACAAAGUCACUGGAAUAGUUCGUAGCUAUACCUUGGAAUGCAAUUAUAAUACUGGACGGUGUGUGAAUGCAGUCCCACCUGCAUGCCACGACAGUGGGCGAGCAAGUCCACCACCAUCCCCUGCUUUUCCGCCUAAAUACACUAUAGACGUCUUUGAACAAGUGGGGAGGGCUCUUGCCAUUGCAGCUUUGGAUAUGCUUGACCUCAACCCUUGGCCAAGAAUUGUUUUGUCUGAAUUCAGCUCCUUGAUAAAUCUUCGUGCGUGGAUGUUGAAAUAUGUCCGGAAUGCAAGGGGUAUGGGGAAUUCAAAAAAAAAUGGAACAAAGACUUUGUAUAAAGGCUCCAAUGGAAUAACGACCUCUGCCUCGGAAAGUUCUCUCAGUAGGAUCAAGAAUAAUGGAAAUGGAAUAUCCGGAAACUACAGUGGGCAUCAAAAUCAUUCUCUGGCAAAGGGAUCUCCCAGUUUCACCUUUGGUUGCAGCCUUGGAUUAACAAAGGGGAGCUGUGCAACAGCAGCGAAUUCGAGCCCUCCAAAAACUGGAUACAGGGCACUGGGACCUGUGAGAGAAACUAGAGCACAGGAGAAGCGUCGUCAGCAUCAGGCCGUGCUGAGAGCAGCAGCAGCCAACAAUCCCAGCAGCCAGCGUAGCAAUCCUGCCCAUCGCUUCAUGCAGGUCACUCAGCCUGUCUCCCUCAACUACUCCAGAGACCCAUCACGGGCUUCCAGUUUAGGGCCUUGCAGUCUUCCAUCCUCCUUCAGCAUGGCAGGGGUCAAUGGCACUACCCCACCUCCUGCAGCCAAAAAUAGCAUUUCCCAACGUGUUGUAAAAUUGGGAAGUGAAAUGUUGGAAAGCUCAAAGUCAAUGGAAGAUACAAAAGGAAGGAUACCGAAUCUCUCAAAGAACUCCUUGAAGAAAAUCAAAACAUGUUUCAGGAAAUCUUUGGAUUAUACCAGCUCGGAGCAACAGUUGAGACCCAGUCGGAUCCCAGUGAGAAAAAGUCUUUCUCUUGCGUCCCCUCGUUCACUUGCAUCCCAUGGAAACCUGCGUCCCACCAGUUUGCCCAAUAGUGACCAUGUACUGAAAAUGUGGAAGUGUAUAAGGCCUAAUCUUACAAAGCAGAAGACUGAAGAACAUGUUUCACUAACUUGUUCUGCUAUGACCCUGGCCCCAUCAAUACUUAAAUGGAGGAACCAAGAAUCUGUAUGCAGUGGGAAAGGUGGACCAGAAACACAGCUGCAUAUCCCCGAUAAGCAGCUCCCACUCCCGUUGCCCACUGGAACAGGCCAGAUGACAACAUAUAGGAAGAUACUGUCAUUUUGCACUGACGGCUGAUGCCACAUUCACACAGGGGUAUCAUUAAUAGACAAUCCAGAUAGAAUUCCUGUCAAUGUAGGAGUAGAACUCCAUUUUGGAAGUAAAUCGCAAUGGACCGAAGUACCCAUCAAGUACUCCCAGUUACGAGGAACUCCCCCCAUUUGCACAACCUGGAUUGCUUAUAGAGCCCACUGUCUGUUUAUAACGUUUUUAUUGGGAUGUUUUACUGUGUCUAUUUGAGGGUGUGUUUGGUGCCAGUUUGCACAUACCUUUUAUCACUAUGAGGUGUUGCUGUGCAGGCACUGGUACUCCACCUCUAGCUGAGAGCCGACACUGCUCAUAUCAGCGACCCGCUGCUGUGCGGGUUCUUAAAAAUGAUCAUUUGUCGACAUUGUUGGUCCAAUGCUACUUCAGUAACUCAAAAAACAAGCUAGAUUUUAAUCCUUACAAAAAUCUAAACUCCAAACCGUUUAUCAAUUCCAUUUGAGAAAUAUUAUCAGUAACUUUCAUGGCCUUUUUCCCAUUCAGAAAAACCUGGAGACAGGCUUGUUGAGAUUCGGAAAUGUUGGGCUAGGCUGGGGAUGGGCAGCGUCUGGAACAUGGGUGAUCAAUACAUUUAUUUGUAUUACGCUGAUUCCUCCUUGUCAGCGAGAGGUGGGGGUUGUUUCUUGAGCCCACAUCUAAGAAUUUGGUGUUUGAUGGUGGGAGAGGGGGUGUGCACUGAAGUCUGGGAGAUGGAAUCAUUGUUACACCUAAAGUAAUGGCUGCAGAUGAACAUAUGUCUUUCCUACCCCUUCCCCAACUACUGUAAAGUCACAGUGAUUGUGACCGUUGAAUUUCCUCCAUUAUUAUUAUUAUUAUUAUUAUUGUUAGGGUAAAAUAAAAAAUGAGUGAACACUAACAAGAUGUACAGAAAAAUGAACUAGUGCUGAGAUUCACCUGUUUAAAUAUUUGCUAUCUGAGCACCAGUGGUUUUACAUAUAUUGUAUUUGUAUCCUUGUGUUUGCCAUGUGAAAUAGUUUGAAUAUUAGCCGUUCAACAAACUUUCUAGGAGUGUAAAAAGUUGACUAUGUUUUAUUAAAUGAAAACUUCAUUACUACAGGCUGAAAGGCAAAGUAACAAAGAGGAAAUCACCUCAUUGACAUAUUCACCAAGAGUAGUCAUCAUUAGCUGACAGUGCUGUGUUGAGAUCAUUCAUACAGCCCAGCAGUCUCCUGUAAUGCUCAUCUGUGCCACUAUCUCAGUUCCAUACCCCUGCAGUUAGUUGGAUCCCAAUUCUCUUUCUGAACUCUCUGGAUCAAACAAGUGAAAAAUAGUCAGCAAUGGUAACAGAAUGUAAAACUGCAUAACACACAGGACUAUUAUUCCUUCACAAAAACAGACAGUAAAAAGUUUUGUAAACCCUUCUUAUUACCAAAUUUCAAUUUAAUUGAAAUGUGCAAGUAAAUUGUUUAUACUUUGUUCUUUGUAAUGAGCAGCAAACAAAAGGUGCUUUGGAAAUGAGGUGGUGUUUGGAUACCAAAGAUCCCAAUGAGCAUUGCAGUGAUGUCUGGAUUGUAUCGUAUGAAUCUUGUAGCUUGGGGGGUUAACUUGGGGAUCCUGGGGUGGGGGGUUGGAGAUAGCUCUUUAGUUUAUAGGCUCUUAUUCAGGAAUUAAUUGCAUGUCAACAAAAUUGAUCAAGGGAUAAAAACAACAGGAGCUAAAAACUGUUACAGGUCAGUGGUUAUGAAUUCACAUACAUUCUUAAAGUUGCACCCCAAAGUACUGCAUACAGUAUGGAGGAUUCCUCCACCAAUUGGAAGCCAGACACAUAGACUGCGUUUACCCUGGAACCAGAGAUAGAAAUUUACUGCACGGAAGAAAGCCAUUUGGCAUUCCGUUUGUUCUUGUAACUGUAUGAAAGUAUUGAACCACCAGCAGCAUAAACAACAGAACCACAUUGGUAUGAAGACAUUCCUCCCUGGAGACUAUCAAAUACCAGCAGUGUUUAAAAGGAAAAUGGUACCCAGGCUUCGGAGCAUCAUCUGUACAACAUCAACAUUUGACCAACAUUGAUGUAAUGAUUGUUUUGUCAGGACUGUAUGUAUGUAUUUAUGUAUUUAUGUGUGUGUGUGUGUGUGAGAGUAUUAUGUCACAAUGUUUUACAGAAGUGUUCAGUCAGAGCCUGCUGUGAAUUUUAGUGUAAAUGGGACGCUGUGGAAAGAAAACAGCAUCCAGAAGAUAGAUGGAGACAUAAACUUUUAUUGAUAUAAUCAGCCUGUCGGUUUCCCUACACCAGCAGUGUGCAGCACAUUACUUUGGGGUUAGCUUUAUACGUAAAAAUACAUGUUAUAUAUUUGAGAGCAAACUGUGUAAAUGAACUUUAUGGCGUGAACUUCAAUUAUCUUUAAAGUGUUUAUCUUCAAGUGUGUUUUAACAAACAACAAUGUGAAAACUUUUACUAACUAAUUUACAUUGCACUUUUUAAUCAGCAGAAUAAACUCACACUUAUUAUCUUGUGCCGAUUUCUUGAAAAUCUAUUUUGUGUGUAAAGUUAACUUCUCUCUGCGCUUUGCAAAUAAUGUAAGCUUUGUACGUUUUGACAUUUUGUGACAGUAAAAACAAUCUUAUGAUUAAAAAAAAAUUCCAGUCAUA